AUGAAAAAAUCAGUAGCAACCAUAUUACUGUUAUUCGCAGCCUCAAGUAUAGCACAGGACGAUAAUCUCACUUGUCUAUCGUUAAAAGGUUCAACAACAUGUGGUGCUUUUCAAAGCUUUUAUAUUAGUACAACUGGUCGAUACCCCUUUCUUGCCAAUGUGACAGAUGUAGCUUCCUUUGAUGCAGCAAUGAGAAGCUAUGUCAAAUCCUCGGAUUCGUAUUUAUCAGCAUUGGGCUGUGCAAAUAGAGCCGAAAACCUACCAACGAUACCCUACGCACGCUACUCACUCACCUUUAUGUGUGCCACUAUUAUUCAAGACAAUUACUACUCGUUACCAUGUAAUUAUCAAUACAACCUCUCGCCGCCACCACUGUGUCAGUCAACGUGCUUUGAUUAUACUGCAAGUUUACAAGCCAUCACAGGAAACACAGAAGUAUGUCCUAACCAGCGGGAGCAGCACAGCCAACUAGAGAAUCUGAAUUCGUCUUGUGUAUAUUGGAGUGGGCUGAAUGGUACAUACAACUGUAUUAUUGGCAUGGCAAAUGAACCGAGCAAUUGUGGAUUUGGAUCAGUAUCACAGGCGUGUGGCUAUUGUAAAUCAAAUGGUACUGAUUCGUGUUGCGAAACAGUGAGUGGAUGCCGAUCUUUAUCAGUGGGCGCUAUCAUAGGUAUCAUUAUUGGUUGUCUGGUGUUUGCAGGUUUGGUGGGUGCUUUUGUGUUUUGGUUCUGUUACAAGAAGAACAAGAAGCAGAAAUACAAUGGGUUUAUGAUGAACAGCCAAAACCAAAAACAUGAGCUUCACGACAGUUCCAGCGCACUGGGAUAUGAAUCAUUGGUAUCACAGCAAGGAUUCAACAAUGCAAGCCAACAAAAAGUGAUGACACCACCGCCCGCUAUCAGUACAACCAAUUUGGCAUCGCCACCACCUAUCAACACAAUGUCAACAAACUCUGUUCAGCCCGUUUUGGACGAAUUCUUUGAAGUGAAGCAUCCCUAUCCACCGCAGAUGGGAGAUGAGCUGGGAUUGCAUGUGGGCGAUAUUGUAUGUGUUGCAAUGAACUUUGAUGAUGGCUGGGCACUUGGAUUCAAUGUGACAACUGGCUUGAAAGGUGUAUUCCCGGUUGUAUGUGUCGCUCCUGCUCCUGAAGAGCUGUUAGAACAACUAUUAAUACCGGAACAAAACGCCACAAACAAAACACUGGUUGAAGAUGGUAGCCCUGAGCACUUGAACAUGCAGCAAAUAUGUGAAAAUUUGAAGCGAUCCAUGAGUCAACGUACCAAUGCAAGCUCUCUACCUACAUCAGAAUUGACACAGCAUAGCAACAUACCAAGAAGAACAGCAAGUAUAAUGAGGAGCACAUACGAUUACCGCGAAUCCGACUCACCCACUUCACCCACUCACCAUACUCCAUUCUUUGAUGUAAAUAUGUUACAUAGCAACAAUAGCUUAUCACAGCCUGAACCUGCUCUAUUUCAACCUAUUGAAACCAUUGAAAUGCAUCGAAAAAACAACCGUGUAUCUAAACUUGAAGAAUAA